AGGUCAGAAGGCUUUGUCCGCAGCGGGAGAGAGGGGCCCUGGGCAUUGCUGCCUUUGCACCAUGGACGCACAGCACUGCAAAAUGAACGGUGACCAGGAAUCUGUGUACAUUGAGGAACACUCAAAUAGAAAUGGUAUGAUUUCUUUGAUUUUCUCCCUGAAAGAAGAAGUUGGGGCAUUGGCUAAAGUUCUUCGUACAUUUGAGGAAAAAGGCGUAAACCUGACCCAUAUUGAAUCCCGACCUUCCCGUCUCAACAAGGAUGAGUAUGAAUUCUUCAUUAACUUGGAAGACAAGAGUGUCCCAGCUUUGGACAAUAUCAUCAAGUCCUUGAGAAAUGAUAUUGGAGCAACUGUGCAUGAGCUUUCACGAACAAAGAAGAAGGAUACUGUGCCAUGGUUUCCCAGAAGUAUCCAGGAGCUGGACAGAUUUGCCAAUCAGAUCCUAAGCUAUGGAGCUGAGCUGGAUGCAGAUCAUCCUGGGUUCAAAGAUCCUGUGUACCGAGCUCGGAGGAAGGAGUUUGCGGAUAUCGCCUACAACUAUAGACAUGGACAACCUAUUCCUGAAGUGACCUACACAGAAGAGGAAAAGAGAACAUGGGGAACUGUCUUUAGGGAGCUGAAGAGUCUCUAUCCAACUCAUGCUUGUUAUGAACACAAUCAUGUGUUUCCAUUGCUGGAGAAGUACUGUGGCUACCGGGAAGAUAACAUCCCCCAACUUGAAGAUAUUUCAAAAUUCUUGCAAUCCUGCACCGGCUUUCGCCUACGUCCUGUGGCAGGUUUGCUCUCCUCUCGUGAUUUCUUGGCUGGGCUGGCCUUCCGAGUGUUUCACUCUACACAGUACAUUCGCCAUGCAUCCAAACCCAUGUAUACACCAGAGCCUGAUAUUUGCCAUGAGCUACUAGGACACGUACCUCUUUUUGCUGAUCCCAGUUUUGCUCAGUUUUCACAGGAAAUAGGACUGGCAUCUCUGGGAGCUCCGGAUGAGUUCAUCGAGAAACUUGCUACGGUUUAUUGGUUUACAGUGGAGUUUGGACUCUGUAAGGAAGGUGAUUCACUGAAGGCAUAUGGUGCAGGGCUGCUGUCUUCAUUUGGGGAGUUGCAGUACUGUUUAUCAGGUAAACCUGAAAUUAAGCCUCUUGUCCUGGAGAAGACUUCCGAGCAGAAGUAUCUUGUUACUGAGUUCCAGCCUAUCUACUAUGUUUCUGAAAGUUUUAAAGAUGCGAAAGAAAAGCUAAGGAAAUUUGCUUCAACAAUCCCUCGUCCUUUCUCUGUUCGGUACAAUCCCUACACGCAGAGGAUUGAAGUCCUGGACAAUGCAAAGCAGCUGAAGAACUUAGCUGACACUAUCAACUGUGAGAUGGGAAUCCUAUGCAAUGCACUUCAGAAGAUAAAAUGAAGAUUUUCCACAAGUCUUGCUAAUCACUAGCUCCUGAUUAAAAAUGCUGUCAUGUGCAAAUGUUAGUCUUCAUCUAGCCAUAGUCUAUUAGCUUACUAUGUACUGCAUAAAUGCUUAUGUUAUAUAUCUUAAUUACUAUAGAUUAUCAGAGAAACACCUGUAGGUGACCCUUGACUCUCUUGGGCUUCAUAUAUUAAUCUUUUUUUUUUUCUCAUUAAUGCAUAAAACCACCUUAUUUCAGGGAGCCUGGGGAAAUCCUUCCUAUCUCUUUGCUAAAAGCUAGCAGAAGGAGUCUUCCACCAUACUGCAGAGCUACAGCAUGUCACAGAUGUAGGAUUACAUUACCACCUAGGGCACAGGGCCAGAAAGAUAAUGACAAGCACAGAUUAAUUCAUCUUGCUUCCUCUCAGUCUUCCUCCUGUCAGUCUCUCAUAUUUGCAGUUGCUCACAUUCCUCUUCAGUCCAAAGCUCUGCACCUUUCAGGAGAUGUAUUAUAAUGCUUGACCCUUUACGCCUUGACCUUUCUAAGGGAGAACUACACCUAUUCUUCUGCACAUGAGCUGAAGUAAUUCCUCUUCACUGAAGUAAUUUUACUUUUUUUUUUAAUAUAAUGUUGCCAUUGAUCCAAAACACAGUUGCUACUGGAAAAGACAGCAAGUAUUCUGCAGCCUCAUUAACAAAGAUUUAUGGUUCUGUCUUAAUCUACUGUAUUUGCACAGGCUCCAAUUCCCAAAAGGUUUGUGCAUGCCAAGAAUGCUGUGCAUGCUGUGACAAUUUGACUUGCAGAAAGGAGUGCCUAAGCAAAGCACCGAGACUGCCCAUUCAAGGAAUUAAAUACCUGAACAGUACCCACAAACAAAGAUACUUUUAGAGGAGUUACCUAGUUUAGAGUUGCCUAAAGUUUUGUGGUGCUUUUUGCAAGUGGGUGUGAGGUUUGUUGACAUUUUGCACUAGCAGGAAGCCACACAGAUGCUUUAACAGCAGUGCCUUAUUCAGCCCUGCUACAACUUAACCAAGUGGCUGAAUGAGAGAGAGACAACAGCUUUAUUUCAAGACAACUGUCUCUGAAUUUUAUUCAAUAAUUUUCACUCAAGGCAUCUAAAUGCCUUCUUAGCAUUUACAGUCUAUACAGGCUCUACCGUCUAUAAUGCCUCUCUGUAGUUCCCUCAUUUAAGGACAAAGGAAGUCAGCACCCACACAUUGGAACUGAAUGGAUCAAAACUGAACAGUAUCUCCAGCUUGGAACAAUUUAAUCAUGACACUGAAAUGAUUCAAAAAUACACAUUUCUGUUAGAAGAUACAAAGAUGGAAGGGGAUUUAAAAGUCCACAAAGUCACAUACCUACUGUUGUACCACUUUUGUAUUUAUAGUUUGAAAAUCAAUGGAGCUUUAAUGUAAGCAUCAUUCUUUGGAAGACAGAAAGUACAGCUGUUGCCAUUUUAUUUAUGGUGGGUAAUAACAUUAAUCUAAGGAUACCAGCUGGAGCCCUUUUCAAUAGAAGUAUACUUAUGCAAAAUGGUA